GAGAGAGGCAGGGAAGAAUAUCAUCUUGUCACUAUAAAGCCUUUUUCUUCCUGAAAAAGAGGAAAAAGAAGAACAGCUGAGGGAGGGUAGCUAGCUAACAUAGGGACGAAGGAAAAAUGGAAUUAAAGGUUUUAUGGAGCUUAUGUGUGGUCACUCUAUGUAGCUGCUGCUUGUUUGGAUAUAUAUACAUCAUUGCGUGGGUAAAGCCGGAGAGGCUUCGAGAGAAGCUAAGGAGACAAGGCAUCAGAGGACCUCCACCUUCUUUCCUGUUAGGGAAUGUCCCUGAGAUGAAGAAGAUCCAAUCACUGCUAGCAUCAUCCAAUUCCAUUUAUUCAAAGGAGGUUAAGGUCCUUAAUGGAGAUCAAAUCGCUGCCCACGACUACACUUCUACUUUCUUCCCAUAUUUUGAAUACUGGAGAAAGCAAUACGGUCCAACAUUUAUGUACUCAACAGGCAAUGUGCAACAUCUGUAUAUCAGUGACCCUUAUCUUGUCAAGGAAAUAACCCUUAGUAACUCUUGGGAUCUGGGAAAGCCCUCAUACCUUAUUGGGGUGAUUGGGCCUUUGGUGGGCCUGGGUGUCUCACUAUCCAGCGGUCAAGCUUGGUUCCAUCAAAGGAAAAUCAUUGCACCAGAAUUCUUCAUCGACAAAGUCAAGGGAAUGGUGGGUUUAAUGGUGGAGUCGUGCUUGCCUCUGUUGAAAUCGUGGGAAGAUCAAAUCGGAGGAGUUAAGGGAAGAGUUGCAGAGAUUAAAGUUGAUGAGGAUCUGAGAAAUGUCUCAGCUGAUGUGAUCUCAAAAGCUUGUUUUGGAAGUUGCUACUCUGAAGGAAAAGAGAUCUUUUCAUUGCUUAGAACAUUGCAGGGGAUCACGUCUCGCACAAGCUUACAUGCUAGAAUUCCUGCUUUGAGAUAUGUCCCAAGCAAGAAUAAUAGGGAAGCUUGGAAGUUAGAGCAAGAGACUGAAAGGUUGAUAUUAAAGGUAGUGAAGGAACGCAAGGAAUCAAGUAGUAAUAAUGAGACGACAGAGGAUUUGCUACAAAGGCUCGUGGAAGGUGCCUAUGCUCAUCAGCUUGGGUCCGAAACAGCAAAUCGCUUUGUGGUGGAUAAUUGUAAGAACAUAUAUUUUGCUGGGCAUGAGACUGUGGCCACUGUUGCUACCUGGGCUUUGAUGUUACUUUCGUUCCAUCAAGACUGGCAGUCUCGCGUUCGUAACGAGGUGGCUGAGGUUUUUGCCGGCCAUUUUCCAGAUGCGGAUAUGCUUCUCAAGUUGAAAACGUUGACGAUGGUGAUUCAAGAGACAAUGAGGUUAUACCCACCAAGUUCAUUCGUGGCGAGAGAGGCCUUGGAACAGAUAAGCUUGGGUGGUGGUGUCGACAUACCAAAGGGUGUAAACCUCUGGAUUCCUAUCCCGACUCUGCAUCGGAAUCCAGAUAUCUGGGGGACAGACGCCCAUGAAUUCAAGCCGGAGAGGUUCACAAAUGGCAUUUUGGGUGCUUGCAAGCUUCCACAGGCAUACAUACCCUUUGGGCUUGGCCCUCGGACUUGCUUGGGACAGAAAUUCGCCAUGAUUGAAUUGAAAGUUCUCCUCUCCCUCCUCCUCUCUAAAUUCUCCUUCUCCCUCUCUCCCCAAUAUCUCCAUUCGCCAACUUUUAGGCUUGUAGUGGAGCCCCAAUAUGGCAUGAAUCUCCUUGUCAAGAAGUAUGAGAUCACAUAGACAUAUGUACUAUUGUUCCUUUCACCAACAAAUUAUCCAAUAUAUAUAGUAUUAUGAAUUAGAUAUAUGUAUUAUUAUUCGU